AUGUAUAAUAAUAAUGGCCUUCAUCGUCAAUAUAUUGAUGAUACUAUUAUUGUUAUUAAUUGGACAAAAGAACAAUCACUCGAAGAAAUUAAAGAAUGGAAUCGAAUCGAUCCAAAUAUUCAGUUAACAGCUACUAUUGGAUCAACUGCCAAUUUUCUUGAUCUUCAUAUGGAAAAUAAGAAUGGGCAAAUUGAAUAUAAUGUAUUCCACAAGCCCUCGUAUGAACCUUACUAUUUACCUUUCAGUAGUGUUCAACCAUUACAUAUGAAGCGAAAUAUACCAUUCGCCACUCUCAUUCGAGCCUUUCGAUAUUUCUCAGAUUUCCAAAUAUUUAUGAAUGAUAACAAAUUCGAAUGGCACUUCUCUUAA